GAGGGGGAAAGUGAGCUGGGCUCCAGAGAGGAGGAAAGAGACAAACCAGGACAGACGGAGACAACUUUCUUCCAGACUCUCACACUUUUUCCACGGAGAGAGUUGAAGUGCGCUUUGAAAGAGUGGCGGAAACAGCGCACGUCAUCAAGUCACCGUAUUUUGAGUCGUAGGAUAUUUUUGGAGGUGCUCGAAAUUCAAAUUGCGAGCUAGUGGAUGUGAAAAACGGGCGAAGGUUUAACACAGAGCCGGAGGAAUGUAUCCAACUCGGGCAGCGGCGUGCCAGCGUCUCUGGAGAUGUCCAGCCUGCGCUCUCUGGAUCACCCUGCUCCUCCAAAGUGUCCUGGACCUGAGCGCGUCUGGGUCUGAGUUUCCCCAAGACCCCAGUGUGCUAGCUACCACUUCAUGGAACACCUCUAGUGAUGGGCCCUUCUUUAUCCGUCUUGAAGCUCCCUUGAACAACAUCACCACCUCUCUGGGCCAAACCGCCGAGCUCUUCUGUCGUGUGUCUGGGAACCCACCACCCACUGUGCGCUGGCUGAAGAAUGACGCCCCCGUCGUGCAGGAGCCGCGGCGUAUCUCCUAUAGGUCCAUGCCAUACGGGUCACGCCUCCGCAUCCGCAACCUGGACACCACCGACACGGGCUACUUCCAGUGUGUGGCCACUAACACCCAGGGCACCGUGUCCACGACAGGCGUGCUUUUUGUCAAAUUCGAUCCACUCCCUACACCUCUGCCAGGAAGGCCAACGGAGGAAUUUGAGGAAGAGGGAUUCUGCCAACCGUACAGAGGCAUAGCCUGCGCCCGCUUCAUCGGUAACCGCAGCAUCUUCGUUGAUUCUUUGCAGAUGCAGGGCGAGAUCGAGACCCAGAUUACAGCGGCCUUCACCAUGAUUGGGACGUCCAACCAUCUGUCCGACCGUUGCUCCCAGUUUGCCAUCCCUUCCCUCUGCCACUUUGCCUUCCCGACAUGCGACCGCAGCUCGGGAACCGACAAACCCCGGGACCUGUGUAAGGACGAGUGUGAGAUCCUGGAGAACGACUUGUGUAAAACGGAGUACAUCAUUGCCCGGUCAAACCCUUUAAUCCUGAAGAGACUGAAGCUGCCCAACUGUGACGACCUCGCCGCCCCCGACAGUCCUGAGGCCGCGAACUGUCUGAGGAUAGGAAUCCCCAUGGCCGAGCCCAUUAACAAGAAUCACAAGUGUUACAACAACAGCGGGUCAGACUACCGCGGGACAGUCAGUAAGACAAAGUCGGGGCGUCAGUGUCAGCCGUGGAACUCACAGUAUCCUCACACCCACCCCUACCUGGCCGUCCGCUAUCCAGAGCUGAACGGGGGACACUCGUACUGCCGCAACCCAGGGAACAAACUUGAGGCCCCGUGGUGCUUCACGCUGGAUGAGGGGGUCCCACUGGAGCUCUGUGACAUACCCAUCUGUGACCAUAAAGACAAGUCUGGCGGCAGCAACAUGGAGAUCUUGUACAUCCUGGUUCCCAGUGUGGCUAUCCCAUUAGCCAUUGCCUUGCUGUUCUUCUUCAUUUGUGUGUGCCGCAACAACCAGAAGUCCUCCAGGCCUCCUGCCCCCCGCCAGCCCAAACCUGUCCGAGGACAAAACGUUGAGAUGUCCAUGCUCGCAACUGCAUACAAGCCGAAGAGCAAGGCCAAAGAGCUGCCUUUGUCCGCUGUGCGUUUCAUGGAGGAGCUUGGAGAGUGCACUUUAGGGAAGAUCUACAAGGGUCACCUGUAUCUACCUGGCAUGGAUCAGGCACAGCUUGUGGCCAUAAAGACCCUGAAGGAUCUCUCCAGUGCCCAGCAUUGGGGCGACUUCCAGCAGGAGGCGGCAGUGCUGACAGAGCUGCAGCACCCGAACGUGGUGUGCCUGCUGGGUGUGGUGACCCAGGAGCAGCCCGUCUGCAUGCUGUUUGAGUUUCUUCCUCAAGGUGACCUCCAUGAGUUCCUCAUCAUGCGUUCGCCACACUCUGACGUCGGCUGCAGCAGCGAUGAGGACGGCACAGUGAAAUCCAGCCUGGAUCACGGAGACUUCCUGCAUAUGGCCAUACAGGUGGCUUCUGGGAUGGAGUACUUGGCCAGUCACUUCUACAUCCAUAAAGACCUCGCUGCUCGCAACAUUUUAGUGGGCGAACAGCUUCACGUUAAGAUUUCUGACUUGGGUCUGUCCAGAGAGAUCUACUCCUCAGACUACUACUGCAUCCAGCCCAAAACCCUGCUGCCCAUCCGCUGGAUGUCCCCCGAGGCCAUCUCCUACGGCAAGUUCACUACAGACUCAGACAUCUGGUCGUUCGGAGUUGUGCUGUGGGAGAUCUUCAGUUACGGCCUGCAGCCAUAUUACGGCUUCUCCAACCAGGAAGUGAUGGAGAUGGUGAGGAAGAGGCAGCUGCUGCCGUGCCCGGAGGACUGCCCGCCAAGGUUCUAUGGUUUGAUGACUGAGUGUUGGCAGGAGGGACCAGGACGUAGACCGAGGUUCAAAGACAUCCACGCCCGCCUGCGAGCCUGGGAGGGGCUGUCAUCGCACGCCAGUUCCAGCACACCCUCUGGGGGCGGAGGCAACGCCACCACCCAGACUACCUCACUCAGUGCCAGCCCUGUCAGCAACCUGAGCAACCCCCGUUACGCUGCUGCCGCCGCUGCAGCAGGGUACCUCUACCCAGCCCAGGCUAUUCCCACGCCAGGCCAGAUGGCUCAGAUUCCUGCCUGGACGCCCAUGGCUGUGCCCCAAACCCAUCAGCGCUUUAUCCCCGUCAACGGAUACCCCAUUCCACCAGGAUAUGCAGCUUUCCCUGCCCACUACCCUCCCCCGGCUCCGCCCACUAGGGUAAUCCAGCACCACCUGCCACCCCCUAAAAGCCGCUCACCCAGCAGCGCUAGCGGCUCCACCAGCACGGGUCACGUCAGCGGCGUACCCUCCACCACAGGCUCCAACCAUGACGCCAACGCACCGCUGCUUUCCCACUGCAUCAUGCCGGGGAGCGGCGGAGGGCCAGCUCAGAUGUAUGGACAAGUUUCCCAGAAGGGACAGCUGGACCACGCAUCACAAACAGCAGCGCUGCUCGCUGCUGAUUCUGACGUACUGAUGUACAACGACUCGGUCAUCACCGCAGACCUGUAGAUAGAUAGACGGAUACUCACACUCUUUCCUCUUGGGACCCAAAUAUGAGACGAUUUGCCUCUCACCCAGGGACCUGGUCUAAUAAUUCUACUCUGGUCAUACAGAGACCGAACAGAAACAGGCAGCACACCUGGAUGUGCAAGAAACACUGUCGCAGCUACACAAGUAUAUACACAGCUGUUUGACUUUUUACUGCCUUAUUGUUUAAAGCAAGUGUACUUACUACCAUGGUUUCAAAAUGUUAUUAUUUUAACCUCUGUGUAAAUACGGUACAUACGUCCUGAAUGAAUGAAAUACAAAGAUAUAUAUUCAAAAGAACAUUUUAUUAUGGAGAAACACUUUAAAGUGGAAAAAGUAGGAAGUCCAUCCUGUGUCCUUACUAUGUAUUACAUUCUGACAAAAAAGUUCCUGCGUCAACAACUCAAAGGACAGUUUCAUGCAGACACUGAUAUCCAUAUCAUGACCUUUAGGUGCCUUGCAGCAGUGGUGUGACCCGCUUGUUUCUGGACAUUGAAACGCAUUUGCUUGUACGGUAAAAGAAACUGCAUUUAGCAAGCGACAGCCAAGUGAGCAAGAACAGGAACAGCAGCCUGAACAAACAGCACUGACCUGCCCAAACACAACAGGUACACGGGGCGUGCAGGUGAUGUACGCUGCCCUGAGGCUGGACCCUGAAGCUCAACUUUUUAGAUUGUUACAUGAGAGCUCUCCAUCGAAGCAGCUGGAAUUAAAAUACUCGUUCUCACACAAAAUCCUUUCAGAAAUGACACCUGAAUGUUUUUUGUGCAACCUCAACAUGACCGUCUGAGACUUUUGCAACAUGGACGCAGGCCUCUUUGCCUUUUUUUUUUGAAACCUCAGUAUACUGCAGGCUGUCCAGGCUGAGAAACAAGGAAGGAGUUUUUUUUGCUUUGUUUUUGUUUUUCUAUUUUUUGAUCGAAUAUUAAACUCCGCAUCAGCCUUUCACUCUCCCUUCACUUCCCUGUCUUCCCUACUUGAGCAUCUCAGUUUUCUCUGUGCUCCCUUCAUCAUUUUGUCUUCUACCUGACUGUCACUAACUUCUACCCUAACCCGGCAGAUCUAACUUCAAAGCUUGCUGCAGAGAACAAAUUACACAUCUGCAAAUGAAAUCACACAGCACUCACAUCAUCCUCACACCUAACAGCUUAACUGGACCGCUCUCAGGGCAAACACUUCAUUCACCGCUUGAGGGCUGAACAGAACAUUUUUAUUGUAGAUUGGAUAUGAUAUUUUAAUUUUUAUGGCAGAGUUUUUUUUUUCUGUUUUUUUUUUUUUUUUUCUUUUGUGUUUAAAUUUUGAAGGAAAUGCGAGAUUUCAUUCACAGGGCUCGUCUUCAUAUCUCUGUCCUUUGUCUUUCCUGUUUUACGGCAUCUGCAUUGUGCAAAAAACUAAUUAUAUGAGCUGGGGACAGGUUGCAGUCCAGUGUGCAGAGAGAUUUAUGUAUGUUGCUUUUAUCUGGUUUUGUAUCAGUAAAUGGAGACGUUUUUAUAACACUAGCACCAACUGUUCUAACUUGAAGGUGAUCCCAACAAGAGCAAAGUUAACUUUUAACAAGUUAAAAAAAAAUUUAAAAAAAAGGAUAAAUCAAAUUAGCCUAUUCUGUUUGAGUCUCAACUAACUACAGCUGUAUUUAUAUUUUAACAUAUCCAGUGUCCAGUAGCAUGUAAUCACGUAUGGUUUGGAUGCAUUUACUCUGAUAAUCCUCUUGUGAUAUGAAGAAGCGUUUGUGAUUUGGAAAAAGUCUCAGUCCUGGAAUCACACAAGUGAUGUUGCAUCUGUCUUGCUGAUAUUUCAUGAUGAUGCUAAAUAUGGAGCUUUUAUUGUUGAGAAAAGUCAUAGAAGAAGCUGCAGUAACAGAAGAGUCUGUGAUUAUUGUUAUGAAAUCCCCCUCAGCUCCUGUGUAUUAGAAGACAAUCAUUGGUUAUGGUCUUUCACAAAUUUCUAAGAGUAUGUGUUGCACUCGGCUGUUGUUUACAGACUGUUGUUUUACCAAUCAGCUAUAUUUGUUACUCAAGCACACACUUCACUGUGGGUGUGCUCAGCAUAAAGUUAAA